AUGGAUGAUAUUGGAGAAACGAGCAAGAAGGAGUCCAAUGCUUCAAAUCCAAUUUCUUUUACUGUAGAGUCCGAGUCAGGCAGCCAUUCUUUGAGUAUUAAAAUAGUCAAGGUGAUAUCACGAAUUCAUAUGUUCGAUUUAGUUCAACAUUGUGACACACAGAAGGACUUGAAAUUGCUAAGAAUAAAGGAUACUGUGAUGUCCAAUCUCACUGGUAACGCGUUCAUAGUUAAGUUAUCAGUACGAAAUAGUGAUGAUAUAAAUGGAGUGCUAUAUAAUAUCAAGCAGAAUGUAUUUGGGUUGGUCCAAAACAUCGCAGAACCUCGAGACGUGGAUUUAAGAACGCUGGAGAUACGACAUCCAGAAAUUGAAGUGCAGUUUCAAGACUCAGCGAAGAAGUACAUAAAGAACUGGACAAUAGUUGGUGACGCUGUUGUAUGUGCCGAGCCUUCCAUGGAGAUCCUGGAAGAUCUUAAAAAGAAACUCAGCUCAUUUUCUAUGAAGCCUAUUUCAUCACCUGUAAAACAUACACUACUGCCUGGCGAGUUUUUGGAAUCCAGAUACUAUACAACUUUCUAUUCCCAGAACACUCCACUCAGUUACUUCCCUAAGACUGCAUUGACCAGGUUUAAGAAUAUGUGUGAAACUUUCGAUUCAGCUUCCACGGAGUUGAGAAAGCUUUGUAUGCUGAUAGAUGAAUUGGAUAAAAGGCAUACGGGGAGGUUUGGAAUACUUACACAAGAAAAGAACCAUGUAGAAGAGAGGUCAAAAGAAGGGAGUGAAAUUGAAAGACAAUGUAAAUUAGAAUUUAUUGAAAGACACAGUGACUUGUUUCAACCAGUGGAUGAUGAUUUGGAGAUGGAUCAGAAGCUUCACACAAACCUUUCAAAUCUUGCUACAGAGUUAAAGAUUAGAGAAACGCAAUUACAGAUGCUAAUACUUCUAGAGCUAUUUGCUAGUAGAGCGACAGUUUCAGAGGAAGAAUUCUUCACCAAGAAUGUCAAAAUACAAGAGGAGAAUUUGAAGAAAAUGCAGCUCCAAACGAAACAACUGCUUGUUAGGCAAAAGAAGAAGAAGAAGAUUGUUCCAACAUUCUUAGGCAUGGGUGUUACACUGAAUGUGGUUUCUGGAAUUGAACUGAACAGUGAUGAGGACAUUUUUAUAUAUACGACUUUAAAUUCAUUAAUUGAUAGAAUGGGGAUAUGGGACACUCUCUCAGAAAGAAAAGGCUCUGAAGAUAGCUCUUAUGAAUUUUUGGCUUAUGUACUAGUACCUUAUUACAACAAAAGAAUACCUAUUACCAUAAAAUACAUCAUCGACAAAAUUAAGGGACUGAAUUUGAAAUUUGAUAGGAAAAGUAGCAGUGGGAAUGCAAGUAGAACCACCAGCAGAAGAAGCAGCAAUAGCGGUAGUACUGGAGGUAGUGCUGAUAAUAGUACCAAUGCUAGCUCCAAAUCAUCUCCCAGAAGAGAUUUACCAACUCAAGAGAAUAACGACGCAGUGCUAUUGGCUGCACCAAAGAUUUCUGAACAAAAUUUGAAUAAUCGGAAACAACGAAAAGCACUAUUAAAGGAUAGAAGACCACUUUUAACAAGUUCUAAAACCCUGACAGGAAUUCUUGGAAAUGAUUUACUCCCUGCAUUUUCUAUAAAGAGAUCAAAAUCUAGUGUUAUGUCAUCUUCCAGAAGUUUAGAAAAGAGGCAAGUUGACGUAUCUAAGUCAUUUUCUGAGUCUAAUGAUUCUCGAAAUACUCUUUCAAGAAAGAAUAGCUCUUCUGAAAUGCAAUUAUCCCAAUCACAACCUCAGACUUCCUCAACCUUCAUUUUUGGAAAUUCUAAAAAGAUUCGUGUCUCUUCUGGGCCAUCCUAUACCAGGGAUGAAACUCUACAGGUAGCAGCUACUCCCAUCAAAAAGAAGCCAAACAAGAUAAGCAACGUUUUGUCAAGUUCUAAUAAAGCAAGUGCAAACUCCACUGCUCAAGUACUGGCCACUCCAAAUACUGACCGACAUAUUAUUAUCCAAACUCCAGAAAUGGCACCUCCUAGUAAGAAGAAAUUGACUAUUUAUGAGAAAUUUCUUGAAACAACUGACGUCAACAACAAUCUCAACAAAAGUGACAUUAACAGUCUCGUUGCUUCAUCUCCUGGCCUGCCCAAUUCCAUAUCUCCUGCCAAUGUAUCUAUCAAACGUAAAAGACCAGGUGAGCCUGUCUCUGCCCAAGAUUCGCCCUUCUUCGGUUCAAAUUUUCAAGGCUCGCCUAUCAAUAACAAUAAAAAAGUAGAUACAGAUGACGAUGAAGACUCGGAUUACGAAAGACUACUUGCAAGAAUAUCCCCUCCAAAGAAGAAAACCAUCUUCGGGAGAGCCUCCAAGGCAAAACACUAUUGA